AGCUGUGCUGAUUCUUUUUCACCAUGGUCUUUGCUGGUAUGUAACUAGGAGCAUGAUUGAUGAUUGUUCAUCGAUAUGUGUUAAAUUGUAAUGCUUGCAAUUAAUGUAUAAUUUUCUUGAAGAAUGUCUGCCGAUUGGAGUGACGAUAACACUACGAUCUUGACCGAGCUCUUUGUCCAACAAGUGCGUGCUGACAAUAGGCCAGACAAGCACUUGACUCAGAAUGCUUAUGAGGAAGUUGCAAAAGAUUUCAAAGUCAGAACAGGUCUGGAGUACACCAAGCUCCAACUGAAGAACAAGUGGGAUAAGUUGAAGACUGAUUACAGCAAUUUCAGAAAACUCAAAUUGAAGGAGACCGGUGGUGGGUGGGACUAUGAGAGAAACACCAUCAAACAAGAUGUUGAAUGGUGGAAGAAAGCAAAGAUAGACAUCCCUGGCUGUGGCAAGUUCCGAAAGCGUGGACUUCAAAAUGAGAAUAACUUAUCUAUCAUGUUUGCUGACAUCACGAGUGAUGGUACAGAUCACUGGAAUCCUGCUUCAGGCACCAUUCCCCAAUCUAGCAGUGCAACUUCUAUUUUCAAUGUGGACGACAUACAAGAUGUUGAUCUGGAGGAGACCCAAACAGGUGAGUCACAUGCUGAUGGAAAUGGGAAGAGACUUGGGAGGUAUGUGGAUGGCAAUAAUAAGAAGCCAAAGACAUCUCUUGUUAUACAAGAACAGAUAACCAGGGUUGGAGAUAUAGCAGAGAGGACCCAAUCCAGCUUUGAGUCAUACAUGAAGAAAGAAGAGAGUUCAUCGAUUACUUCUGUGAUGGAUCUGGUUGUUGAGUGCGGUGCAAUAGUAGGAAGUGAUGAAUAUUUCAUUGCUAGUGAACUAUUUGUGAAGCGAGAGCAGAGAGAGAUGUUCCUGCAUAUGACGGAAAGUGCUGCUCGUUUGGAUUGGUUGCGUAGGAAAUACAACACCAAGUAUGGGCAUUAGAUGCUACUGAUGUUGUUUGUGCCUAUUGGGAUGUAGUACUAAUUUAAAGUUUGAACUUAAUUAUGUACUCUGGUUUACUUGUAAGACUAUUUGGGUUGUAACAUUACUAUGUUAGUCCCAUUCUUCCUUUUUUCAGUUGUUUGUCUUCAUUUACCUUGUUUUAGCCGUAUGUCUUCAAUCUGGGUAAUAUUUCUUGUAAUCUUACUUAUAUUACUGCUAUGACUCAUCUUGCUGAUGGUUACAUGAUAAAUGUUGUUACAUAUGACUUGUCUUUAAUGUUACAUAUGAUUCUUACUUAUCUUUCUACUAUGACUAAUCUGGUUGAUAAUUAAGUACUAAUUGUUGUUACUUGUGUAUGUUCAGAUGUCAUCGGAUAGUGACAAUGAUAGUGAUAGUUAUGAAGAAAGGAAGAAGAGGGUAUGCCACCAUGUCCAAUCAAUGUCCAACAUCUAUGCCGGUGCAUCAACACUUGCAGGGAAGUACUGUGACAACUAUUUGAUCAAGGCAG